AUGCUUGGGAAGGGAGGUAAUUUGGAUGAUGUUCAUAAGGCAUGGGGUAUUUUAUGGAGUUUAGAGGUUUCCCCAAAAGUUCGCCACUUUCUGUGGAGAGUCUGUACCAAUUCACUGCCGGUACGUGCUGUACUUAGGGCCCGCCAUCUUAUUGAUCAAGACGAAUGCCCAUGGUGUCUGCAUGAUGUGGAAACGAUUCAUCACUCUUUGUUCACAUGCGAUCGCUGGAAAUCGGUGUGGGGGGAACUAGGAUGUCAGGCUAUGGUCGAUGGUGUGGUGGGUGAGACGAUGUGUGAGACGGUGGUGAGAUGGAGUGAGCUUGAUGCUAAGAUGGUGCAAAGAGGAAGCUUUUUAGCGUGGAAUGUCUGGACCGAACGAAAUAAGUUGGUGUUUGAAGGACAAAGGCAACCGGUGCCUGUCAUAGUCCAACGUGUGGGUAGGCAAUGUGAUGAGUUCAAUUCUUAUACUACUCGAAUUUACGGAGGUCCGAAAAUGGGAGGUUGUGUGAGCUCGACGAAAUGGUGUGCGCCUCCUAGGGGAAUGAUUAAGCUUAACACGGAUGCUUACCUCGGGGAAGAAGGAUGGAUUGGUUUGGGCAUUGUAGCUCGUGAUUUUCAAGGGAAAGUAUGCUUUUCGGCAGUGCGUCGUACCAGGGCCUGCUGGCCCGCGGCUAUUGCGGAGUGCAAAGCUAUUUACAUGGCAGCUAGGAUGGCUAAGGCUCAUGGUCUCGCGAAUGUGAUUAUUGAGUCUGAUUCUCAGGUGGUGACUACUAGGCUGACAAAUGAAACCCUCUAUUUUGCAGAUUUGGAUAAUAUUCUAGGAGAUGUUCUUUCUUUAUGUAAUGUUUUUGAAUCAGUUAAAUUUCUUCAUGUUAAAAGAGAUGGGAAUGCUGUAGCCCAUCAUCUCGCUAGAGUAGUGCCUUUUGGAGUCGAACAAUGUUGGGAGAACCAUUGUCCUCGUGAAGUGGCUCCGUAUGUUUUGAUGGACACUUUGUCCUUGGAUUAA